CCACACAUGGCUCCUACAAUCACUGCAGCGAUGGGCCCCUCUCAGGAGUACCUCAGUGUCUCUCACAAGCUGAGAAAGCCUGUGGUGGAGAAGCUGCGCAGAGAGAGGAUCAACAGCAGUACUGAGCACCUCAAGUCUCUCCUGUGUGCAGAGUUCCUCCAACAACAGCCAGACUCCAAGCUGGAGAAAGCAGACGUCCUGGAGAUGACCGUCACUGUGCUCACAUGUCUGCAGCAGCAGAAUAAGACACACUUCCCGUCCCAGAGCCACAUGAAGAGCCAUCAGCAGAGCCACUGCACUGAGUUGUACAACCACAACACCACCUGCAAAGACAAGAGUCCAGUGAGCAGCUCCCCCUGGAGGCCGUGGUAGAGCCUGCACUGUGCUCAGACUGACACAGUAACUA